AUGGAGGGGUCAAGGGCUGCCCCUCAGUCUUACUGGGACCUGGGUCUGGAAAAAAUAUUCAGGGUUGUGCCAACAUUGUCUGAAGAUGGAAGACCAGGCCCUAAUCCUGAUACCUUUCAUCAGGAGCUGGUAAUAUGUGCAGCUAUUGGAUUUUUUAUUGUUCUCUUGUUUUUGUGGAGAAGUGUUCAGUCUGUUAGAAGCAGGCUUUAUGUGAAGAGAGAAAAAAUGCUUGCUCUAAAACUUUCUGAACUAAUUGAAGAAAAAUGUAAACUACUUGAUAAAGUUAGCCUUCUUCAAAAAGAGCAUGAAGGCUUACAGUUAUCUUUAAAGGAUGCCAAUUCUGAGAAGUCAUCAAAAGAAGUGCAACAUUUGGAGACCAUAUAUGAAAUGGUGAAUAGGUCCAAAUCUAAACUUGAGGAUAAAAUUCUCUUUCUAGAAAAGGAUCUAAAAGAAGAGAAAUCUAAACAUUCUGAACAGGAUGAACUGAUGGCAGAUAUAUCAAAAAGGAUAAAGGCCCUAGAAGAGAAAUCAAAAUCCCUCAUAUCACAAGUAGAUGAAGCUAAAACAACCUUAAGACGAUUUCAAAUGAAUGAAGAAGGACUAAAGGUAGCAAUAAAAGUGGCUUUGAAUGAGAAUUCCAAACUGCAAGAAAGCCUGAAACACCUUUUACAAGAAGCUGAAGUAUGGAAGGUUAAAGUGAGUGACCUUAAUAAACAGAAAAUAAUAUUUGAAGACUCUAAAGUACAGGCAGAACAAGUUCUGCAUGAUAAUCACAUUAAGUCUCUGACUGAACGCUUGCUAAAGAUGAAAGAUCAGGCUCCUGUGCUUGGAGAAGACCUAACAGAUGAUGGUAACUUGCAGCUGGAAAUGAAGAGUGAAUCAGAAAUUGGUGCUCACUCAGGUAAUCAGCUAAAAGAAGCUUCAAAGGAACUGGUUUAUGCUGCUGAGUUAAAUGCCUCUUUAAAAACCUUAGGAGGAGAAAUAAAUCAAAUUUAUACUUUCUUAUCUGAAGUAGAUGAAACAAAAGAAGAUCUUACAGAAUGUAUUAAAAAUCUCCAGACUGAACAAGAAUCUUUGCGGUCAGAAAAUACACAGCUUGAAAAUGAGAAUCAGAAGCUUUGGCUGAAACUUAAAGUAAUAACGGAAUGGUACCAAGAAAAUGCAACGAAACUCCACAGGAAAUUAAUAGUAGAGGAAAAGUGCCAGUUAGAGGAAGAGGAGAGACUUUGCAAAGUGGAUAAAAGGAUCAGCCUUACAGCUAAACAGCUGGAGACCUAUAGAAAGCAAGCCAAAGAUCUGGAGGAAGAAUUGGAUACAACCAUUCAUUAUUAUCAGAGACACAGUAUUUCUUAUGAGAAAAAAGCACGUGAUAAUGCGCUGGCAGCCUUGAGUGCUGAGAAAAACCCCAAGUACUUAAAGUUAGUAAAUGCUCACAACAGACAAUAUUUUUUAUCUCUUUAA